UAUAAAUUUACUGACAAACAAGAAUAAAUUGAAUACAUCUGAAUAUGAAAGAUUAUUGCCUUAUUGGAUGCCAUUUGGAUACAAAUACCAUGAGAAUAUCACAGAAAAAGAGCUUUAUGAUGUGUACAAAGAGUUUCCAGUUGAAGAUAGUAUAUUUACAUUUCCUGGCAAGACAAGACCACCAUGCAUAACAUGUGCAGUUGUUGGCACUGGUGGAGUGCUAAAUGGUUCUAAUAUGGGCAGGGAAAUUGACAGUCAUGAUAUGGUGUUUAGAGUCAACAAUGCUGUGAGGAAAGGAUAUGAGAAAGAUGUUGGGGUCAAACUUACCCAUUAUGUGUUUUUUGACAGAUCGUUAGCACGUACAAGUAAAGAUAAUUUACCAACAGACGAGGGUACCAUAUAUGUGUUCAUGCCCUGCAGAAAAGCUGAUCUUAGUUAUCUUUUAAGCAUUAUUGGAAAGGGAACUUCAUCAAGAAAACAAAAAAUGUCAGUGAAAAGUGAAUCUCUGCGCAUUUUGCAUCCAGAUUUUGUGAGAUACAUCCAUAAAAUCUGGGAAAUACCAAAUCUUUCGUCUACUACAGGAGGUAUGAUGUUGAUGACUGCCUUGCAUGGAGGAUGUGAUCACGUCACCAUAUAUGGCAUGGGAUAUACCUAUGAUUAUAGCAUGCAUUAUUAUGAUAAAGACUAUGUCAAAUAUGACAAAGUAACUGGUAGUCAUGAUUAUCAGAGAGAAAUCGCACUCAUGCAUCAGCUUCAUAAAGAUGGAGUGGUCACAUGGUAUAAAAGAGAUAUUGCUCAGUUUUCAUAGAAAAUUUGUGCUUGUAGCAUACACUAAUGUCAACCAACGUCAAUUUAAAAUUAAUUCAUACUCUAUAGGCUGUCACACUAUAAUAGUCUAUAACAUAAAAUUAUAUUUUAUUAUACCUUUAACAUGGUUACAUGACAAAGAGCACAUUUGUUAUAUGACAAAUAUUUUCCAAUCAAUGUUUAUAUUUCAUGAAAAUUACAAGCCUGAAAAUUUUGUUAAAUGGUGAAGACAGCUAAAGGCCUCUCCAGCCAGCAUCAUCCCCUCUGCAUUAAUAUAUUAUAAAUUAGACCCAUGGAAUUGUAGUAGUUCUGUAGUACUUCACUCUUGAUGACCAUUGUGAAUGUAGCAUUCAGUAAUAACUUAUUGCUAUGUUCAUUGUAAUUCCAAAAGAUUUAUGGCUAUUUUGUGUAGUGAUCUGAGACCAUAUAAGUUAGAACAGUGUACAGUUACACAUCAAUGUACCAGUACCUUCUAUUUAACAAGGCGAUGUAUCUGGAGUGGCAAAACACAAUAAUGCAAAUGGUUUUGGUGAUUAUUUUUUAUAGUAUCCCUCUACCAAUUAAUAAUGUUUAUUUUAUGUUUGACAUUUUACUAUUAAGAAGGACGAGUAGGAUCCCAUGUAAUACUAUAUUUGUUGUAAUGACUAAAGUAUGCUAGCAUUGAAAUCAUCCUUUGAUUUGUCACACAAACCAUACACUAUAUUUCUCAGCUUAUUGACAACAUAUGCCAUUGUCUCAAUGGAAUGCUGACAAUUUUGUACAAAAUGGUUUGUAUUAUGGGGUCUGUUACAUUACAAGUACAUGUACAUUGUGAUUACAGUUUUGAUGACUUUUUGAACACAUGAUGCACAGUCAUUUUGUUUCUACUUAACCUGUUGAGUGUUAGAUAUAUAAGUCAUCAUAUAGCGUCAC